AUGACCAACACUAGCAUGACCAACACUAUCAUCAACUACAUGAACAAGAAGGAGGAGAAUUGGGACAGUCUGGAACACGCUCUACCUACUUAUAUGCCACCUACGCCACCUGUUUCCAUUCUUUGUCCUGCGAGAAAAGAUUGGGGAUCACCAAGAAUCACCAAUCAUGUCAGUUUCACCCAAACCAAUCAGAGAAGAAACUUUAUGCCAGACCAGGAAGAUAUUCAAUCCAGAAAGAAACGAAAUCGAGAAAUUUACGGUCAGAUCAAAUAUCAUUAUCUGUGCGAGUGUUUUGAGGAACGAGUACUUCCUCAGCUGCGGAGUACUGUGAUGGAUACCCUUUGUGUCAUUUCUGACGAUCCAGAAGAAGAAGACGAUUGCCACUUUGACUCGUCUUUGGAUGUUGGAUCAAUUGAUGACAACAUUGAUUCUGCGGAGGAUCCUUUGGAGGAUACUAUCAGCAAUGGCGAGAUUCCAGAACCACUGCAAGAGCAAUCUGACAACGCAGCUAUUACUGGCAUUCCUCCUGAUGGAAUGGGAUCCGGAUGGACUGAAUGUGGAAAGCGAUACAGCCUUCAACGGGCUAAGCUUCUCAUUACACAUAUGGCGGAGGAUCCUUUCACCAAAGCUUUGGGAUCUGGCAUGACGGAACAAGGAAGGCGAUACAGUCGCCGAGUGGCGAAUCGACAAAACGGUGCCAAUUAA